AUGUCCGAUAAUCAAAGCUCACAAAAUCGAGCCCCUGACUCGUCUCCUAUCGCCGCACCCCAAUCCUCCUUUGGUGGUUCGUCACCUCCAUUGUUUUACAAUCCUUCAUCAUCUUCACAGCGCGAUACUUACGAAGGAGAUGAGAACGGGCAACAAGCGGGGUCAUCUCCUGUUCACUAUGCAUUUUCAUCGCAAGUGGGUAGAGGUCUAUCAGAAACUAAUCGUUCGCAAAGAUCUCAAAGAAGUGCACGAACCGGUCGUUUUUCGGACAGUAGUGAGCCCAACCUGAUACAUAGCUCGCAGGUUCAAUCACAGCGUAUCAGUCAUAGAAGAAGCGAUAUUCACGCUUCCGAUUUGUCGUCGCCCAGAAGAAUCGUUGAUUUAGAUUCGCAGCCACCAUUGAGCUCUUCGUCCGAUCCUAGUUCAGAAGCCACGGAACCACUUCGAAUAAUUUGGGGUACUAAUGUUAGCAUCCAGGAAUGCGCUACUAAUUUCAGGAAUUUUCUAAUGUCAUUUCAAUUGAAAGAUCGCCGUAUCCUCGACAGAAACGAGGAAAUGAUAGAUUCGACAGAUGAAGAUGAUCUCUAUUACGUGAAGCAGCUCAACAAAAUGAGAGAAAUUGGAAGUCUCAAUCUCAACUUGGAUGCCAGAAAUUUGCUGAGCUUUAAGCAAACAGAAAAGUUGUAUUAUCAGCUGAUGAGUUAUCCACAGGAAAUCAUAUCUAUUAUGGACCAAACCAUCAAAGACUGUAUGGUUUCUUUGGUUGUUGAUAACAAUCUAGAUUUUAAUUUGGACGAAAUUGAGACUAAGUUCUUCAAAGUCAGACCUUAUAACAUAGAAACCAAAAAGGGCAUGCGUGAAUUGAAUCCCAAUGAUAUCGACAAGCUCAUUAGUGUAAAAGGACUCGUUCUCAGAUCGACUCCCAUUAUACCAGACAUGAAAGUCGCAUUUUUUAAGUGCAACAUCUGCGACCACACCACAGUGGUGGAAAUCGACCGUGGAGUUAUACAGGAACCUGCCAGAUGUCCUCGAGUUGCGUGCAAUCAACCAAAUUCAAUGUCCUUAAUUCAUAAUCGCUGCUCUUUCGCUGACAAGCAAGUAGUAAAGCUCCAAGAAACGCCUGAUACAGUUCCCGACGGUCAAACUCCCCACUCGGUAUCACUUUGCGUAUACGAUGAACUUGUUGAUAGCUGUCGAGCUGGUGAUAGAGUCGAAGUGACGGGUAUUUUCCGUUCGAUACCGAUCAGAGCUAGUGCGAGACAGAGGGCUUUGAGGGCCCUCUAUAAGACUUAUUUGGAUGUCGUACACAUCAAAAAGGUUACCCCUGACAGGUUGAAUAUUGAUACUUCUACCGUCGAGCAGGAGCUUUUGCAAAACGAACUGGAUAACGCCGACAUACAAGAGACUCGACCAAUUAGCGAUGAGGAGAUAGCAAGAAUUCACGAAGUGGCUCAAAGGCCAGAUGUCUAUGAGGUGCUGUCUCGUUCUAUAGCACCCAGCAUUUUCGAGCUUGACGACAUCAAGAAAGGUAUAUUAUUGCAACUUUUCGGAGGAACGAAUAAAACUUUCAAGAAGGGUGGAAGGUAUCGUGGCGAUGUCAACAUUCUUCUGUGUGGUGACCCAUCUACUUCUAAGUCACAAAUUUUGAGUUACGUGCAUAAGAUAGCACCUAGAGGAGUUUAUACUUCUGGUAAAGGUUCUUCUGCUGUCGGUCUUACCGCUUAUAUCACGCGAGAUAUGGACACUAAACAACUUGUUCUGGAAAGUGGGGCUCUAGUUCUUUCUGACGGAGGUGUUUGUUGUAUUGAUGAGUUCGACAAAAUGAGCGAUUCUACAAGAUCAGUGUUACACGAAGUCAUGGAGCAACAAACGAUCUCGGUGGCUAAGGCCGGUAUUAUUACUACCUUGAACGCCAGGACGUCGAUUUUGGCGAGUGCCAACCCGAUCGGCUCGCGAUACAAUCCAAAUCUUCCUGUCACGGAGAACAUUGACUUACCACCGCCGUUGCUGUCCAGAUUUGAUCUCGUGUAUCUUGUGCUGGAUAAAGUAGAUGAGAAAACAGACAGAGAGUUAGCUAAACAUUUGACAAGUCUCUACCUUGAGGAUCGCCCGGUACAUGCAUCGCAAAGUGACGUCCUUCCAACAACUCUUUUAACUGCCUACAUCAAUUACGCAAAACAAAACUACUCCCCGCUAAUAACGGAACCGGCCAAGAUUGAAUUGGUGAGGGCGUAUGUGGGAAUGCGAAAGAUAGGUGAUGAAUCAAGAGCAGAUGAGAAAAGAAUCACUGCGACCACACGACAACUAGAGAGUAUGAUCAGACUUUCAGAGGCACACGCGAAAAUGCGUUUGUCACGCCAAGUUGAGCUUGAAGAUGUACACGAGGCUGUCCGACUGAUCAAAUCGGCAAUUAAAGAUUACGCAACGGAUCCCAAAACCGGUAAGAUCGACAUGAACCUAGUCCAAACCGGGAAAUCUAUAGUACAACGCAAGUUGCUAGAGGACCUUGCGCGAGAACUUUUGCGCAUUUUGGGAGAUCGUUCUGGAAACACCAUCUCAUUUAAUGAGCUUGUCAAGUCGGUUAACGAACAGUCGCAAGACAAAGUUGACACGGUGGAUAUUGCAGAAGCAUUGACAAGGCUACAACAAGAGGACAGAGUAGUCAUUUUGGGCGAGGGAGUAAGACGGUCCAUUAGGCUGAACAAUCGAAUUUGA